AUGAGCACAGUUACAGGGAUGUACCAAUUUGGAAUUCCCAAAAUCACCUCGUCCUGCAUUUGUGACUGUGCUGGAGGUGACACGCCAUGUAAGAUGAACGAAUACAAUUAUCGGAACUGCUCAUCAGGUGCUCUUUGCUACCGAACUUACCAUCCGGUACAGUCGAAUGUCGGUUGUCUCAGCGAGCAGAAAAGCGAAGCAUGCUGUCAGCUGCGGAUCGAACCGUUCAAGGACUGGAUAUUCACAGCCAUCAAAAUCAAUCAGCCAUCUACAGUACUUGUUUUCAGGUAUAACAUUUACGACCGCUUCAAUAACCGAUGGCGGAAAGCCUCUGAAGAGGUGGUCGAAGUGCCGAUGAAUCGUGGCAUUUUCAAGUUCGACUUCAACAACGUGCAAAAAAUCGAAAUGGUUGUCUCAGGAAGUCGUCCGAAUAGAGAAGUUCAGCCAGGAAUGUACUUCUUCAGAGAAGGAACACAUGAACUACGAGGGUUUGUACCUAUCAAUGACAUCGGCGAGAGCAGUUUGGAGAAGCUCGGUUGGAUGCGGUACGCAGAUGGAAAAUGGGACAUCCGAAAUGGUCUGGUCAAAAUCAAACAGGCACAU